AUGUCUGUUGUCUUUCUUGACUCUCCAAAACUUUCUGACACAACUUUUAAAGUCCUUGAAGAAUGUAAACUUUUGAAAGUCAGCAAUGAAGCUUCUAUUACAGAGAUGGGCUUGAGAGCCCUUGGCUGCCAUGGAAAAAUAUUGGAACUUUCUAUAUCACAAUGCAAAGAUUUCAGUGACGAUGGGAUUCAAGUUUUCUGCAAGGGCACAGAAUACCUGGAACACUGCCAUGUCUCUUACUGCCCUCAGCUGACAGAUGAAGCUGUGAAAACAAUGGCAUUUCACUGUCACAGACUGACAUCUGUCAACAUAGGAGGUUGCCCAAAGAUGAUUGAUACAUGUAUCCAAUACUUUGCUGCAGCCUGCCAUUAUCUCCCCUUCUUGGACAUCUCAGGUUGUAUUUAUCUUACUGACAACCUGAAAUAUCUUGGGAAAGGCUGUGAGCAACUCCAGAUUCUCACGACACUUUACUGUAGCCUUCCUACAGAACAAGCUGUCUUGAAAUACACAGCUGAACUGGAGAAAGAGGAACAUAAUGAUGCUGACCGUCCUUCCUGGCUUGGACAUGACUGGGAUGGUAACAUACCACCUUCACCAAAAAACACAGAUCUGAGCCUGAAAAAACGAAUUCUUCAAAAUGAAAAAUGA